AUGGGGCGGGAGCCAGAGCAGGAGCCAGAGCAGGAACCAGAACAGGAGCCAGAGCAGGAGCCAGAGCAGAAACCAGAACAGGAGCCAGAGCAGGAGCCAGAGCAGGAGCCAGAGCAGAAACCAGAACAGGAGCCAGAGCAGGAGCCAGAGCAGGAGCCAGAGCAGGAGCCAGAGCAGGAGCCAGAGCAGAAACCAGAGCAGGAGCCAGAGCAGGAGCCAGAGCAGGAGCCAGAGCAGGAGCCCGAGCUGGAACCAGAGCAGGAGCCAGAGCAGGAGCCAGAGCAGAAACCAGAACAAGAGCCAGAGCAGGAGCCAGAGCAGGAGCCAGAGCUGGAACCAGAGCAGGAGCCAGAGCAGGAGCCAGAGCAGGAGCCAGAGCAGAAACCAGAGCAGGAGCCAGAGAAGGAGCCAGAGCAGGAGCCAGAGAAGGAGCCAGAGCAGGAGCCAGAGCAGGAGCCAGAGCAUGAGCCAGAGCAGGAGCCAGAGCAGGAGCCAGAGCAGGAGCCAGAGCUGGAACCAGAGCAGGAGCCAGAGCAGGAGCCAGAGCAGGAGCCAGAGCAGAAACCAGAACAAGAGCCAGAGCAGGAGCCAGAGCAGGAGCCAGAGCAGGAGCCAGAGCAGAAACCAGAACAAGAGCCAGAGCAGGAGCCAGAGCAGGAGCCAGAGAAGGAGCCAGAGCAGGAGCCAGAGAAGGAGCCAGAGCAGGAGCCAGAGCAGGAGCCAGAGCUGGAACCAGAGCAGGAGCCAGAGCAGGAGCCAGAGCAGAAACCAGAACAAGAGCCAGAGCUGGAGCCAGAGCAGGAGCCAGAGCUGGAACCAGAGCAGGAGCCAGAGCAGGAGUCAGAGAAGGAGCCAGAGAAGGAGCCAGAGAAGGAGCCAGAGCAGGAGCCAGAGAAGGAGCCAGAGAAGGAGCCAGAGCAGGAGCCAGAGCAGGAGCCAGAGCUGGAACCAGAGCAGGAGCCAGAGCAGAAACCAGAGCAGGAGCCAGAGCAGGAGCCAGAGCUGGAACCAGAGCAGGAGCCAGAGCAGGAGCCAGAGCAGGAGCCAGAGCAGGAGCCAGAGCAGGAGCCAGAGCAGGAGCCAGAGCAGGAGCCAGAGCAGGAGCCAGAGCAGGAGCCUGAGCUGGACGGAGGUGUUAAGUUGGGGUUGGGGGGGGUGUUGGUGGGUGGUGGGGGGGUGGUGUGUGGGGGGUGUGGGGGGGGUUGGUGUUUGGGUAGUUGGGGGUUGGGUGUGGGGGUGGUGGUGGGUGGGGGUGGGUGUUUGGUGAUUCAUUUGUGGGUGGGGGGGUGGUGGGGGGGGUGUUGUGGGGGUUGUGUGGGGGGGGUUUGGGGUUGGGGUUGUUGUUGUAGUGGAAUUUGGGGGGGUGGGGGGGGGUUGGGGGGUGGUGGGGGGGGUGGGUUGUGUUUGGUGGUUGUUGGUGUGGUGGGGUGGGGUGGGGGGUGGGGGUGUUGGGGUGGGGUGGGGUGGUGGGGGGUUGGGGGGGGGGGUGGGUGGGGUUGGUUGGUUGGUGGGUGGGUGGGGUGGGGGUUUGGGGGGGGGUGUGGGGGGGGGGGGGGGGGUGGUGGUUUUGUGUGGUUGUUGGGGUUGUGGUGUGGGGUGGGGUUGGUGGGGGGGGUUGGGUGUGGUGGGUUGUGUUGGGAGGGGGGUGGGGGUUGGGGGGGGGGGGGGGGGGGGUGGUGUGUUUUUGGUGUGGGUGGGGUGGGGUGGGGGGGGGGGUGGGGGGGAGGGUGGGGGUGUUGGGGGGUGGGGGUGGGUGGGGGGGGGGUGGGGGGGGGUGUUGUUGUGGUGAUUGGGGGGGUGGGGGGUGGGGGGGGGGGUGUGGGGGGGUGGGUUGGGGGGGGGUGGGUUGGGUGGGGGUGGUGGUGGGGGGUGGUUGUUGGGUUGUGGGUGGGGGGGUGGGGUGUGGGGGGGGUGGGGGGGGGGUGGUGUGGGGGUUGGGGGUGUGGUGGGUGGUGGGUGGUGUUGUGGGGUGGUUGGUGUUUUGGAUUUGGGGUUUGGGGUGGUUGGGGUGGGGGGGGUGGUUGGGUGGUGUGUUUGGGGGUUGGGGGUGGGGGGGGGGGUUGGGGGUGUGGUGUUGGUGUUGUGGUUUUGGUGGGGGUGGUGGUGGGGGGGUGGGGGUGGGGGUUGGGUGGUGGUAGUUGGGGGGGGGGUGAUUGUGGGUAUUUUGGGGGGUUGGGGGGGGGGGGGUGGGGGGUUGGGGGGUUGGUGGGGUUUGGGGGGGGUUGUUGGGGGGUUGGUGGGUUGGGGGUGUGUGGGGGGGGUGGGUGGGUUGGGGUGGGUGGGGGUGGGGUGGGUGGGGGGGUUUGGGGGGGUGGGGGGUGGGGGGGUGGGGGGGGGGGGGUGGUAGAGGGGUGGGGUGGUGUGGGGGGUGGGGGGUGGGGGGGGGGGGGGUGUUGGUGGGGGGGUGGGGGUGGUGGGGGUGGGGGGGGUGGGGGGGGGGGGUGGGGGGGGGGGGGGUGGGGGGGGGGGGGGGUGGGGGGGGGUUGGGGUUGGGUGGGGG